CUCACUCAUCCUGUGUAUAAACAUACCAGAGAGUACUUCCUGAACAUACUGUUUUACAGAAAUUUAGCUUCGACUUCUGCCAGGUUGACAUCACACGGGGAGAUGCAGAUCGUUUUGUGGUCACAUUUGAGGGUAUUGUUGGAUCCAGCUUCACAAGCGACUUAGCCAUUGAUGACGUCAUGAUUUUCUCAGGAUAUUGUCCACAAGUGGUAGUAACCCCGAUGCCUUCCUCAAUACCGGCCUUAAUCCAAUGCGACUUCGAGGAUCCCAACAUAUGCGGCUACACCCAGGAGAAUGGCACCGACGAUUUUAAUUGGUUGAGACAGAGUGCGAACACGCCCUCUUCAGACACAGGCCCGCCCAACGAUCAUACCCUCGGGACAUCGGCAGGCUAUUACAUGUUCAUCGAAACGUCAUCCCCUCGAGUCUUGGGGGAGGAGGCACGCCUCUGGUCCCCAACCCUCCAGGUAGCAGGCGGUCACUGUAUCGAGUUUUACUACCACAUGUAUGGGAGUGCCAUCGGGAUGCUCAAUGUGUACAUCGUGGAGACGGGUGAAGAUGUGCUUCAGCUUCUACCAAGCUGGUCUCAAUCCUCGAAUCAGGGGAACCAGUGGUAUAUAGCCAAGUUCUUAGCACCCACCGUCAAUGAUUAUCAGAUUGUAUUUGAAGGGGUCGUUGGAUCAAGUUUCACGUCUGACAUAGCAAUUGAUGACGUCAGAAUUACAGAUGGAUAUUGUCUUUCCCAAGGUGAUUGCGACUUUGAAGCGGACUUUUGCACGUGGACCAAUGACGUCACAGUUGACGACUUCGAUUGGAUAAGAAAACAAGGCGCCACCAACGGUGAUGGACCCCCAUCCGAUCAUACAAUCGGCACCUCUGCAGGGUAUUACGUAUACCUUGAUCCGACCAAUCAGAUCCCCGGUAAAACAGCUCGCAUGGUCAGUUCACUCUUCAACGCUCUGACAGGGACCAGGAGGUGUGUUACCUUCUGGUAUUAUUUGGCAGGGGUUGAUGCUGGCGCCCUCACCGUUGCGCAAGAGAGAAGUGGGUUUCCCGAUGACGUCACUGCAUGGAGGCUGGACUCGACACAGGGUGCUUUAUGGAAUUACGGACAAGUGCCUGUAGCACAAGACUACGAUUACAGGAUUGUCUUUAUAGGCGAAGUUGGUGCUUCUACACAAGGGAUUAUUGCAGUUGAUGACAUCUUUGUAACAGACAAUAAUUGUCCAGCUAUACCAAACAGUGCUAUCGCCGGACCAACAUUCCCACCUUCUAGCCCAUUGCCAACUACAGCCCCACACAUAGUUAUUCCUGUUGGCCCAGCUAACUGCGAUUUCGAAGGGGGUCUAUGUAGCUUCACGCAGGAUUCGACUGAUGAUUUCGAUUGGACCAGGAACUCGGGACCUACUAAUACGGCUAAUACGGGACCAGAUGAUGACCACACGCACGCAGGAAGUUCCACCAUUGCAGGGUCGUAUAUGUACACCGAGGCCGAUUCGACCAGCAUUGGACAGUCAGCACGCCUGAACAGCGCCCUCUUCACACCCAUCACAUCGGACUCCUGCCUGACCUUCUGGUAUCAUAUGCAUGGCGAGCAAGUCGGUAUCUUCAAUGUCCUGCUUGCCUCAGGGUCGGCGGAAACAAUGAUCUGGACAAGGUCUGGGACACAGGGAGACCAGUGGUUGGUUGCUAGGGUGCCAGUCAGCGGAACUGCACCUGUCAGUGUUAUCUUUGAAGGAAUUAUGACCGGUGACCCUCGAAGCGACUUUGCUCUUGAUGACAUUCUUCUAGAAAAUGAUGAUUGCUUGGCCGUUACUCCCAGCCCUGGAGCUUUUAGUCCAUUCUGCGAUUUCGAGUACGGAUUUGCAGUGUGUGGGUACAGCCAGGAAAGCUUAGUCGAUGACUUUGACUGGAGUCUCGGAUCAGGACCAACUGACACUGCCCUUACAGGCCCUCCUUCUGACCACACGACACGUGCGGCUAACGGUAAAUACAUGUUCAUCGAGACGGACCCUCCCAGAGUUCAGGGCGACAAGGCUUGGUUGUACUCCCAUACCUUCCCCGCAGCAGGAAGCCACUGUUUUGAGUUCUACUACCAUAUGUAUGGCGACAACAUCGGUUCGCUAAAUGUUCUCAUCGAGACUGGAGGCCUAUUCUCCCAGCCAUACUUCACACUGUCAGGAAACCUCGGCAACCAGUGGAACGUUGCUCGCAUCCCAUUAAAUACAAACGACGAUUUCCAGGUGUACUUUGAGGCCACCGUAGGGGAUGGAAUUCUGGGAAAUAUUGCGAUAGAUGACGUGGACAUGUACGCUGGGUCAUGCUUGCCACCAGGUGAUUGUGAUUUUGAGAAUGGAUUCUGUACAUGGACCAAUGAUCCUACAACUGAUGUCUUUGAUUGGUUCAGCGGACAGGGUGGAACGCCCAGUGCCAAUACGGGACCAGCUGUAGAUCACACCCUUGGAACCGGCCUAGAUUAG